ACUGCUGAAGCACGACCGCUGGACCGCGGAACGCGCACCGGCUCGCAGUGACAGAGGAAUAAGAAGAGGACUAUUAUUAAAAUUCAUCAGGCUGGUAGAGCUCCACAGCUGGCUUGACGGCAUGUAGGAGCCGGAUAACUAUUCUUGUGUGACCGACACCCAUCUGCAGUUGAUUACAACACAAUGAAAGAGGUGAAGCCCAUCAUUGGACCCAGACUGAUUGGAGACAUGUUCUGAGCUCGACAUCUUGGCCACCAUGAAAGGGUUAGGAGCCAGCCGCAGUCGCCACCUGUCUGACUCGUGUGAACCAGCGGGGUGUGCUCAGAAGCCUCUGUGCCCCCUGACAUCUGAUCCUCACAGCUCCUUUCUGUUGAGUCCUACAAUAAACCACUAUGGCACUUUGGACCCACAUCUCCAUCACUACACUCCCACCAGCCCCACUUCUUUGACCCCUGACUGUCUGCUGCCUUUCAGCCAGGUUCCCAAUAGCAGCACCUUCCCUCGUUUGCAUUUUACCCCCCACGCUGACCAGCUCGACUGCCCCCAGAGCUGUAUCCCUGGCGGGGGAGUUGGGCAGGGUGGCAGGGCCGCUGCUCUGUCCACCUCGUUGUCAAUGGGUAUGGGACUGGGUCUGGGUUUGACUGGUGCUCCCAUGAUCACCAGCGGAUCUGCCACUAUAUCCUCUGCAGCAGCAGCUAAGAUGAACCGUUUGCCCUCAAGUCUUUUGGAUCAGCUUGAGAGGCACCUGCCCCUGCAGCGAGAUGGUUUCAGCACUCUACAGUUUCACAGAGGACGUAUGUCUAAGCAGCGCAGCGAGAGCCCCGGUCGGAUCCGCCACAUCAUGCACUCUGUGCAAAAAUUGUUCGCCAAAUCCCAGUCUUUAGAGAACUCGGGGAUGAAAGGCAGCCUAAAUUCAACAGGAGGUGGUGAGGAAGGUGGCAGACCAAGCCGCAGGAGUAAGAGUAAAGACAGGGCUAAGACUGAGGGAUCAAAACAGAGACCAAGACCUAGUACAUUAGGCCUUUGGGGCUCAGAUGACGCUCUGGACACUGACACUACCAAAGCUGGCACUAUUGCUGUAGGUUACCGCAACCCACUGAGUAUGAUGACUCUUGGCAGAGCGGUGUCAGAUAGCCAGACUGCUCUCAGACAUAUUCCACAGGGCUAUAACACAAUUUCUGCACAUUCUCUUAAAACCUCAAAAAGCAGCAGCGACCUCAAGUUCCUGGCAUGCCCUGCGAUGCAGGUCGGAGCCAAGGAAGAGGAGCCAAGACACAGGGGGAGCAAGGAUGACAUGGCGGUGAAAAGGGGCACCUGGUCCACGCUCACUCUGAACCAGGCCAGGCAAGUGUUGCAGAAAGGCUCCGCUACUGUCAACAGGACUCUACUUAAGACAAAGUCAUGUCACCAGGACCUGGCACAACAGUUUCUACAGGUUCCUCUGGAGGACUGGACUGGAAAUUUGGGUCAUGAAAGAACCAAGGGAACGGAGAUCCCAUGUAGAAGGAUGCGCAGCGGCAGCUAUGUUAAAGCAAUGGGAGACCCAGAAGACAGCGAGGAAUCUGAGGGAAGCCCCAAACCUUCUCCGAAAUCAGCAGCACGUCGCCAGAGCUACCUGAAGGCCACCCAGUCAUCCCUGAGUGAACAGCAGCCACCACCACCACCUCGCAACUCCCUGCCGUCCCUCAAAGAGCUGCCUACUAAUCGGAGCCUUGAUAACUUGGACUGCCUGGUUAGCCCUGUGGAGGCUCCUCCUCGCUACAGGAACAGUGACUUCAGCCAAUGCUCCGGCACACUGGGCAGAGGCAUGGGCACUCAGGUAUUCGCUCAGGGCUGUGGACACUCGUUACCAUACUGUGAGGGGGAAUCAAAGGCAGUCGAGGCUCUGGAUCUGCCUGCUCCCACGUGCUUCCGUUCUCGCAGUCACAGUUACCUGCGGGCAAUCCAGGCGGGCUGUUCCCAGGAUGAAGACACGGCUUCUGUGGACUCAGAGACACCACCGCCCACCGCUGUAGGCUACAGCUACAGCUCCAACACAAUCAGCAAUAGAAAGGCUCCCCCUCCAGUCCCACCUCGCUCCGCCUCAAAGCCCCUCAUCUCGGUGACAUUGCAGAGCAGCACUGAGUCGGCUCAAGACACAUACCUUGACCAACAAGACCGGGGCAGCGAGGUCAACAGCCAAUCGGGACGCAGCAACUCAUCAGACAGUCUCUGUAGCAUACGUACAGGCAGCCUGUUGAAGAGAACCCAGGCUCCAAAACCUCUUGUGUCAAUCGUAAGCCCUGCACUCGCUGCAGCCUCUGGGCCCCCGGUUCCUGCCCCCCGUGACCUUUCCUCCACCACCAUCUCAACAUCUACUCAGUCCCAAAAUGACACCGUGAGCCCUUGUGCCAGCCUUGAGCAGCCUCCAACGGCACCCAAGAGGAAGCUCUCCUCUAUUGGAAUCCAGGUGGAUUGUCUUCUUCCAGUCCCAAGAGAGGAGCCCUUAUCUCUGACUGCGCCUUUAAAGUUUCAGUCGAUUGGUGUUCAAGUUGAGAACGGCAGGCCUCUCAGUCGGGAUAACAGCAUGGCCUCCAGACAAAAUACAGAGGUUGAGUCUCAGCCGCAGGAUGCCACACCCACAGAAAAUGCAACCAAUUGCACCAACAGCCAGACUCUAAAUAGCACCACAACGAACGGACAAGACAAAGCCAUGGAACAGCAUCACCUUAAACACACGUCGGCUCCUUCAAGGACAUCCAGCUCUCCUCCUGAGACUCUGGACCCAGCGUUAGACCCCUCCUCCCUUCCACCUCCAGAUCCCAGCCUUGAGUCUGGGAACUGCAGCUCCCAAGGAGACAGUGUGCACUCCAGUACGCCAGCGUGCCUCCGAGACGGAAACUGGUUCCUGAAGCUUCUGCAGGCAGAAACGGGCCGCAUGGAGGGCUGGUGUCAACAGAUGGAGCAGGAGACCAAAGACAACAAUCUCUCAGAGGAGGUGUUGGGGACAAUCCGUAGUGCAGUAGGGAGUGCUCAGCUUCUCAUUUCACAGAAGUUUGAGCAGUUCAGAGGCCUCUGCAAUGAGAAUCUGAACUUGAAUGCCAACCCAAGACCAACGGCACAGGACCUUGCAGGCUUCUGGGAUCUGCUGCAGCUCUCAAUAGAAGACAUCAGCAUGAAAUUCGAUGAGCUCUACCAACUAAAAGCAAACAACUGGCAACUUCCAGAGAAGCUGGAGAAGAAGGAUGAAAACAAGCAGCCUCCAUCAUCUGUGCCAAAGAAGCAGUCCAAGCCGCGGCUGUCAACAGGGAAGGACAGGAGCGUGGACUCUGCUGUAGACAAGCAGCGGCAGGAAGCCAGAAAGCGUUUGAUGGCAGCGAAAAAGGCGGCGUCAGUACGACAGAACUCCGCCACGGAAAGUGCUGACAGCAUCGAAAUCUACGUCCCCGAGGCCCAGACCCGCCUCUGAGAACAAGCCACCACCAAUGAUGAAACAAAAUCCUGACUCACUUUCAGAUACUUGUUGACACAGACACACAGUUGUGAGAUGAACACACACACGCGUACGACGGAUGCACAGAAGCCGAUCUGCUUUAGCAGCGCAGCUGAUGGAUAAAAGAUUUGAGGAUCGCAGGGCACUGUAAUAUUCCUGGUCGUGAUCCGGCCGCCUUUGGAUAGUAAAACCUUCGCAGAUGUUUAAUACUAUUGUUCUCAUUGUUAUUGUUAUUAUAAUUAUCUCCUAAAAUAUUUCAAGACUGUCUUUAAUUGUGCGAGUAUCUUGGAUUAGGACAUCAUGUACCUUGUGAACUGAAAAAUCUUGGUAUCCCAGAAGUUUACGUUCUUGGAAAAAAAAAUUAAAGUCCCCUCACUGCUGAGUCUACCGGCAAAUUGUGGCUGUGCGGUUUACGAGCUGAGCUACCAUCCACACACACACUCAGGACACACAUGCAGGUGUACUCACUGUCCACAGAGUCUUCCUGUUCUCUUUGUUUUUGGCGUGUGGUGCAAGCUCUUUAAUGUGUGAAGAAUACAAGAUGGCAUUUGAACCGAAGAGAACAAGAGGAAGGCAGUAGCAUAUAUUAUAAAUAACACACUAUUACAAUGUUAAUUUUGUAAAUGCUGUAUACCAGAAUAAUUGUUAGAAAGAGAUCAGUGUUAAGCACCAAGUUAGUUUUUUAUAAAUCGAGUACAUUUACUGUCAUGAUAUAUUAGCACUUGAUGCAAUCAUUCACUUCAUCUUUUUCCUCUAUUCCUCCCUUUCACAAACAUUCAUCUGAAGCUGUCUCUCAAUAUCCAAUCUUACGUUGAUUUUUGACCAAGGGAUUUAUGGAAAGACUGCUUAAUCAUCUAUAGUGGAAUGUAUGAACUUAUGACUUGGUCACUGCACUUUCAGUUCACCACAGAUCAACUUUGGCCACCUUUUUAUUUUCCUAAUCAUUCUAACUUUUCACUGCAUCCCGAUGGGAUGUGGGGGACCAAGACAUUCACCUCUCACUGUGGUGUUCCCAUUCAACCAAGCCGCAGCAAGAGGUGGGGAGGGUGGAGGGAGGGCUACUCGCUCCUGGUAAGGAAUCAAAAUAAGGAAAGCAAUAAUCUAAUUCAGACCACUGCAAGCUGCAGGUGUCCAUUCUUAAAUAGUAUAUCUUAAUGUGAAGGACACAAAAAGGUGAACUGUGCUGUUGGAAGGAAAAUCUCAGGUUGAACACUUGAUAGUAAAACCACUAUACAUUGAAUAUUUUCUAUAUAAGCUUAAAACAAUUGGCCAAAUGCUCUGAAUCUUUCAAAAACACUUCUUACGCAUCCAGACGUAAUAAUCGUUCCUCUAAGAGAUGCUCCACCCUCUCCUAAGUGUGGUGCAGUUUUGUACAGUCUUAAUACGACGAAUGACAUGUCUGUCUUCUCAUUUGUUGCAUCAUAAUUAAAAACAAAUUUUUUUUGAGAAUCAAACUGAGGUACAACCGUUUUACUUAAGUUUUAAUGUAAUUUGACAUAUUUUUUGACUUUCAUUCUUAAUAUAAAUUACAUAAACAUGUAAUUUUAACAAAUGUUUGAAAUGCAAGAAAAUGUCUACUCUGCCAAGUUAGCAACUCUGUUUCAUUUAAUCACUUAUUUAAAUUUUUAUUUAAGUAUCUUUUGAGUUCAGUUGCAUUUUUUUCAUGUGUUUUGCCUCUUCAUAUGUGACAUGUCAUGUCUUACAGAUUUUAAUUAGAAUAUUUUUUUCAAAACAAUAAAUUUGAGAACUUUAUGAUAGGAGCUGGACUUUGCAAAUGAUUCUUCAGCCAUACAGGUAUAGAGGGCCAAAAGUGCUGCAAUUCACCAGAGAUUUUUUUUUCUAAAUCUUUAACCUUAUGCAGUAUGUGAUUGCUUAAAAAUUAAGUUACAACAUAAAACAAGUUCAAAAUAGAUUAAAUAUUUUACCACGUCAAAAUAAAUAUGAAUUAAUCACUAGGCAUUCCAUCAUCUUAUUUUACUUGCACAUCCUAAUACCUGGUUGCUUUAAUCUGUGCAGCAGAUAACUACAGAACAAUACCUUGUCUAUCGUGUGCGAUCAAAUUGCGAACAGGACAAUAAAAUAAGCAUGGAUGCUUUUUGAAAUUAAUUCAGUUUGUUAAAACAGUGUUUUUAAUAUUUAUGCAUUUCAUAAAUUGGAGUAUUUAUGUAACUAGAGAUACUUUAGUUAUGCAUUACCAAUUUCAAUUACAUUAUCACAUUUUUCAGGUUAUAUUUUAAUAGAAUUCUGGCACUUUUGUCCCUCCAUUUUUAGGUUGGUAAAGAUUGUUUCUCUAAGAGCUGGUUCUCCCCCUACUGGUCAGUUACUGUGUGACACUCAGAACAUGUAUUGCUUCUUCUUUGAGUCAGUCAUAAAUGAUCAAGCAAAGGAUGUUGAACUGGGAAUGCUGAUACAGCGCUGCAUAAUCAGUUCUAUUUGUAUAACAUCAACAAUGGACAUGUGCACCUCAUUGUCCAAAGAAAUCAUUAAACAUCCCUUUGCUACA